AAUAUGUGUAUAGAUAUAUACUUUCUUUUUAAACUUAAACCCAGAUACUAUUUUAACAUGAAAAAUCAUUAUAAUUCGGAUUGAGAGCUCUUGGGCCUUAGUACUGGGUUGUUGGGCUGCAGUCCCGGAGAUGCAUAUAGCCCAGUCGACUUUCGUUGCCCAAAAGGCCCAGAAUAAACCGAUCCCCUCACUCGCGUGAAGCUUCUUAAUCUUCAGAGUCGCAAUCCACUCCCGCCGUCCUCGCCGUCGCGGCCGCCGGCGGCGGAGGAGGUCUCCGACGCUGAGAUGUCCGACGGAGAGGUACCGCCUCGCCAGGCCGCGGAGGACUUAGUCAGGGGAGUGGCGAACCGCGCCGCGCCGGGCUCGGCCGGCGAAGAGGACGAGGAGAUUUACGACGACGAGAGCUCCGAUUACAACUCGUACGACGACGACGACGACGAAUCCGAUGAGAGCGGUUCGUACUACGAAGACCAUGAGGAUGAGGAGGAGGAGGAGGAGGGUGCCGGCGGGGACAGGGCCUCCGGGAGCGCGGAGGAGGAGGCUGCGUCGGUCGGCGUGGGCGGCGGCGGCCCGAAGGCGGAGGGGAGUCCCCGGGCGGCGGCCACCUGCUGCAUCUGCAUGGAUCCCUGGGCCUCCUACGGCGGCCACCUGCUGCAUCUUGUUUACUACCAUGGGACUUUCAUUUAUGUUGUCUCCGCCAAGGUUUUCGAGUCAACGAGUCAUUCUGGGUAGCGACUCUUGACGAGUCGUGUUGUGCCGCUGGACUAGUCGAGGUGUUUGACCGACUUGCAGUUACGACUCAUCGGCUAGUGGACGACAGCCCUCAUGAGUUUUUUAGCCAUGCUAUCAAUCACUUCGGUGCCCCAACCCACACACAUAUACACUGCCAAACCUUGUCAGCUUAAGGUAACAACUCUGUAGGCGCAUCUGGUUCUGGUGUCGUUCUGAUCGUAGGGCACUGCUGAACUCCAGGGGUGUUACAUAUUGAAAUUUCCAUCAGAAGUACGAUCUUUUUACAAGUAAUAACUCAACAAUGUGUCCAAAAAAAAAAACCUCGCCUAUUUUACAAGUACAUAUGACUCAUCAAAAAAGGAAAAAAAUCGUCGCCUAUUUCACAAGUAGAAAUCCUGCAUGCCUACUACUAGUCUGGGUCCAACUACGCCUCGAUCGAUUUGUCGAUCUGGAUACGGACACAAACCAUGCCGUCCUAUUAUACUAUAUAGGUUGGCUGCUAGUUUUCUUUUGACGGGUAUAUACAUCGCUAGUUCGUAUAUAUAGCUUGAUCUUCCAGCGCUUACGUCGAUCGAUCGACUCCAGAUUGCUAAUUAACGACAAGUCUCUUCAGAUCGGCCCGGUUCGUGUGUCUCCGGUGCGACGGCCGGCGGCGAAGGAAGGAAGCCAGCGCCCACGAUGGACCCCAAAGGCAGCGGAAACGGCAUGUGCCUCCCCUACAACCUACUCGUCGACGUCCUCCGCCGCCUGUCGCCCCGGACCCUCGUCCGGUGCCAGGCGACCUGCCGCGCGUGGCGCGCCAUCGUCGAUGACCACCACCUCCUACACACCCUUCUACACCUACUUCCCAGGCGUCUUCAAGGAUCGUCAUGUCCGAUGCUGGGACGAUGGGCCGUCCUUCAUCCUCCCGCCGGACAUGGUGCUGGACCC